AUGCCAAGUCCUGCAACCCCCCACCAGCCAAACCACGACAAGUGCAAGCUCUCCGACCUUGAGCGUCGCGCCAUCUAUGAGACGCUUCUUGGGCGCAGCAACAACGGCCGCAUCGCCCAUGGAGAGUACACCACGACCGCCGCCACCUCCCAGUGCCAUUGGAAGACGUUCGCACGCAUCUGGAAGCGUGGACAAGAGUCGCUCCGCAAUGGCAGCGUUGUUGCCGUUGUCAACGCACGUUUCAAAGGGAAUUCGGGCCCAAAAGUGCAACGCAGCCCAAGCGACAUCAGGGCUGCCGUCAAGGCUGUUCCAUUAGUGGCCCGCCAGAUUCUACGUUCCGUUGCGGAGCACUCGGGUGUCCCCAAGACCACCCUCGUACGACACAUGGCCGAAGAAGACCAACUGAAGAGCAAGUCAAGUUACUCGAAGCCGUUUCUCACAGAAGACAACGAAAGAAGCCGCGUGAUGGAAAAGACGCUUGAAAACAUGGGAAAGAACGAUUACAAGCUUCCGCACAUGAGGAAAGACGCGUCCAUAAAAGACCUGUCCUUGUUCAAUGUCAAUUGUGACCCUGCAAUCCACCGGAGCGCCCAAGCCUUCCUGAGCACCGUGAAUUCCCAAGUUCAGUAG